CAACAAAUAUGAACAGAAAUAUUGAGACUCCCAUUUGUGAUUUGGGUUUUUCUGAUAAGCAAGAAUCUGUCCAACCAGAGGCCCUUAAAUUAGCUAGCCGUACAAGAAGACGUUCAUCUGCAGCUUCAACAUGCUCCUUCAGCUCUGCCUGUUUCACGGCCAGUUCGGACGAGGAUACUGUCAUCUCGCCACGUGAAAAGAAACAACGCAAUACCAAAGGAUUUACUGAUUUCUGCGUGAAAAAUGUUCUCAGUCAAUAUUCCUUUGGUCGGCGGGAAAUUGAAAUUGCCGAACAAGAAAUGCCUGGCAUUAUGACAUUGAGGAAACGGGCACGUGAUGAUAAACCAUUGAGAAAUGCAAAAAUUGUUUGCUGUACUCACAUCAAUGCUCAGACUGCCGUUAUGGUAGAGGGUCUCAUUGAAUUGGGUGCUUCCGUGCGCUGGGCUUCGUGCAAUAUUUAUUCAACACAGAACGCCGUUGCUGCCGCCUUGGCUGAAGCUGGCAUUCCCGUUUACGCUUGGCGUGGUGAAACCGAAGAAGAUUUCUGGUGGUGUCUGGAUAAAUGCAUCAAUGCCCCUGGCUGGGAACCCAAUAUGAUUUUGGAUGAUGGAGGUGAUGCCACUCAUUUAAUUUUGAAAAAAUAUCCUGAACUUUUCAAGGGCAUUAAGGGUAUUGUGGAAGAAAGCUUGACGGGUGUCCAUCGCCUAUAUCACAUGUCAAAGAAUGGAAAAUUGACAGUGCCAGCCAUUAAUGUCAAUGAUUCGGUGACAAAAAUGAAAUUUGAUAAUUUCUAUAGUGUUCAAGAUUCAAUAUUGGAUAGUUUAAGACGUUCAACGGACAUUAUGUUUGGCGGCAAACAAGUUGUUGUCUGUGGUUAUGGUGAUGUUGGCAAAGGCUGUGCCAAGAGCCUAAAAGCUAUGGGAUGUAUUGUUUAUGUUACUGAAAUUGAUCCUAUUUGUGCUCUGCAAGCCAGUAUGGAUGGUCAUCGUGUAGUCACUCUGAAUGAAGUCAUUCGUAAUGUCGAUAUCGUAGUGACGGCGACUGGUAACAAAAACAUUGUUACUCGUGAACAUAUGGACCGUAUGAAAAAUGGCUGUAUAGUUUGUAAUAUGGGACACUCAAAUUCUGAAAUUGAUGUGAAUAGCUUACACACUCCCGAAUUGACAUGGGAACGUGUACGUUCCCAAGUGGAUCAUGUGAUUUGGCCUGAUGGCAAAAUGAUUAUUUUACUCGCCGAGGGUAGAUUGGUGAAUAUGUCAUGUUCGACAAUACCCUCAUUUGUUGUAUCCGUAACAGCUUCCACACAAGCCUUGGCCUUGAUUGAACUUUACAAUGCAGUGCCUGGACGUUAUAAGAAUGACGUGUAUCUAUUGCCAAAGAAAAUGGAUGAAUAUGUGGCCAGUUUACAUUUGCCCACAUUCGAUGCCCAUCUGACCGAAUUGACCGACGAGCAAGCCAAAUAUUUGGGCCUAAACAAAUCGGGACCAUUCAAACCAAAUUACUAUAGAUAUUAAUUGUGAUGAAAUUCAUUUGUUGUACUUAUUUUAAUUUUAUUGCU